GAUCGAUCUUGUGUAUAUAAUAAAGACUCCCGUCAGCUCCCGUCCCAUGGACUGUGCACCUCCAUCCUGGCCGGCGACAAUACCGGCGACAUCCACGUCGCUCUCUCGGCAUUCCUCCCAUGGGCGUCGCAGUCGUUCAACUCCUCCAGUGCUUCGAAAUUGCACACUUGGAGCAUUUUCGUGGCCACCAUAUGUUCUGAGACGCGUCGCAUAUCGCCGCCAAGCAAGGGGAAGCAGCCCACCCUUCCCAGGUCAUCACGCUUAAACAGCCCUCAGCUCCCAUCAAAGUCUGUCAGUCUGUCACCAGGCAAUCCUCUCAUCGGGGCUUGACACUACAAUCCCUCUGCAAACGAGCUUGUCUAACAAUGGGGCUGGAAAGCAUCUUCUCCGCCGGCGCGUCGGCAGCCUCUCUCACAGCCUCUCCGGACCAUAACCACCCAACAGGACUGCAUGCUGAAGACAUAAUGGGCGUCGAUUUCUCAGAGCAACUCCUUACGCCCGAAAACAGUCGCUCUGAGACUUCCAGCAACCAUGAGCACGCGAGCACAGAAGAGAAACCUACGUCGUGGCGGAGAUCUGCACGAGCAACGCGCGAGUCCCUGAGGUCAACAGAGCAACUUGACGCCCAACAACAUACUUUAUCCAGCGGAGAAGAAGAUGUCAAUACCAUUUCUGGUGUUUUCGAGGAAGAGUCGUCGCAACCGUCUUGUCUCCACAAUGAUGCUGCGGCCGUGGAUUCGACGAUGCUCCCACCACGAGAGAGUGGUUCGGCUCUCCACGAACGUCCAACGGCGCCGGAUACACCAAUUUCGGAGAUGUCCCAAGAACAGCAUCAGGGGAAUACAAAUGCACCGCUACCGCCACGGACGUUGCGGAGGCUCGUGGAGAAGGUACUGGCUGGGAAAGAGGAUAAAGACCGACAGCAAGAUGGGACAUCGAGUGCGGAUGCAGAUAGUCCAAAGCCAUUGAGACGCUCCGCCCGUUUGGGUCCAAGACCAACGACGAACAAGUUCAGCAGCAUUUUGGGCAAACGUACCAGAGACACUAUGAAGACGAAGAGUGAGGCAGCAAGGGCAAACAACAGAAGAGCUAGUUUGCGGCCCAGAAAGCCUGUUACAUCAAAGGAGAAUGUUGCCAGCGAGCCUCCAUUGCCCAAAAAAAGAUGUGGUGUUGAAAGCGCUUUGUUCUCAAAGUUUACAAGUGAAGGAAAAGAUCAAGCUGCGCAAGAAGAAACUCUAGCAGCGCCCAAACCUGCACCUCAAAAUAGACGGAAGAUAUGGCUUUCCCACGGAUUAUACGCUGGACAGGAGCAUACGACACAAACCCGUGCGUAUCAGAGGAAGAGCGGUUCGAGACGAAGACGCACAACUCCCGCCCAGCGGACAUUUCUCCCAGCGCCUAUGUUUGCUGGUGAUAGACUGCUGAAGACAGGAAGAGAUUUCAGACUACCGUUUGAUAUCUUUUCUCCGCUUCCACCCGGUCAGCCAAAACCCGAUGAGUGGAGGAGGACCAACAAGAAUGUCUUCGUUGGCGAAGCGGGAAGAAUAUGGAAGGCAAAUAAGCACUUGGAGCUGUCGUCAUGCACAUGCACAGAAGCAACAGGCUGUGACGAAAACUGUCAAAAUCGCUUCAUGUUCUAUGAAUGCGACGAUAGUAAUUGCCGAUUAGGUUCCGAGUGCGGAAACCGCAGCUUCGAAGAACUCAAGCAGAGAACCAAGGCUGGAGGCAAAUACAAUAUAGGUGUCGAGGUGAUCAAGACAAAAGACCGCGGUUAUGGCGUCCGCAGCAACAGGACUUUCGAACCGAACCAGAUCAUCGUGGAAUACACAGGAGAGAUUAUCACUCAAGCUGAGUGCGAAAGACGAAUGAGAACAGUUUACAAGAACAACGAUUGUUAUUAUCUCAUGUACUUUGACCAGAACAUGAUAAUCGACGCGACUCGAGGCUCCAUCGCUCGUUUUGUGAAUCAUUCCUGCGAGCCCAACUGUCGAAUGGAGAAAUGGACUGUUUCUGGGAAACCACGCAUGGCUCUCUUCGCUGGUUCUCGUGGGAUCAUGACAGGUGAUGAAUUGAGUUACGAUUACAAUUUUGAUCCAUAUUCCCAGAAGAAUGUCCAGGAAUGCCGAUGUGGUUCGUCCACUUGCCGUGGCAUCCUUGGCCCACGUCCAAAAGACAAGGAGAAACGCAUGCUGAAGCAAUCAAAAACUGAAGAGAAGGCGAGCAGGUUUAAGUCAAGUACAAAGAGUGCAGGCUCUCGAACUGUGGUGGCAAAGCGAAAGCGCGAAGCUGCGCUUGACGUAUCUACCUCACGUGUUAACAAGAAGCGAAAGAUUCUGAGUAUGGGAUCUGUGAAAACCAAGGGCAAAAGGGCUGCUACGAAGACUAAACAGCGCGUCACUGCAUCCAAGACCGACGCUUCUGAGAGGAAAGUGACUAAUGCCAGAGGGAGAGGACGUGCUACCAAGACUGGCAGAGCGGCUACAGCUAUAAGGAACACCAGAAAGACUAACAGCGUUAUCAAGACAGCUGCGAAGGCCACCAAAACCGUUAAAGCCAGCACCAGGACCCCAGGAUCUAAGAAGACUACAGCUUCUACCACCACAAAAUCUCUAAAGCCCAAGGCUGGCCGGGUAAAAAAGGAGACCAAACGGACGAAAGCCAAUGUGAAGUUACCAAAAGUGGCAAUAAGGUCUAGACUGAAGGGGACAACUGUCCACGGGACAAAGAAGCCAGCAUCAUCGCCAUCCGCUCAGCAAUCUGUAUCCAAGCUCAAGCGUUCCGCGAAGGCAAAGCCGAGGGUCACAGCAGGUAAUCAGACAGCGGUUUCUCCGAAGCGGGCAUCAAAGGAGCAAGAGAAGGAAGGUCGCGAACCUAAACAAUCAGCAACGAGCAAGCGAGUUGGUGAUAAAGACGCUGUCAAGGGGAAGAAGACAACAGCAAGAGCUGAGGACAAGGGCCCUGGUAAGAGGGACAGGGAAACUGCGGCGGAGGGUGACGGUCCAGCAGGCAUCGCCAAACGGCGUCGAAAGACCAGCAAGCAUGCAGUUCCAGAGACCCCACUAUGACUGACCGAAGAUUCAGUGAUAUGAUCCUUACAGUUACAUGGCUCUGUGUCUGGGUUUCAGGAUACCUGUUUUGGGCAUUCUACAUUAUUUGGGCCAGUAUUGUUGGUGCCUCUAAGCACACACUAUGAUUUUUGCUUUUUUGGAGGUUUCGUGUUCUCUUUUUAUGUGGAUGGAACUGUGUGGUUACAGACCAUCCUUGUCUGAAGACUUCUUUUGCUUUUUUUUUCACUUGCUACAUUUAUAGGAUAUGACUUUUUGGUUACUACUAAUUCAACUCGGUUGUCCUUCCGGUCCCAGGGCUUGAAUAUAUUAA